CAGCCACCAAACAAAAACACACAGAAAUUACCAUGGAAAAGAGAAUAGAUUUGGAGAGACGUGCUCGUAAAGCUAAUCAAAUUACAGAUUUAAAUUUGGACAACUGCCGGAGUACAAGUAUCGUUGGCCUUACAGAUGAAUAUACGGCAUUGGAAUCAUUAAGUUUAAUUAAUGUUGGCCUAACAACCUUAAAAGGUUUUCCAAAAUUGCCCAAUUUAAAGAAAUUGGAAUUAUCAGAUAACAGAAUAUCAAAUGGCCUCAAUUAUUUGUGUACUAGCCCCAAAUUGCAAUAUUUAAAUUUGUCUGGUAACAAAAUUAAAGAUUUAGAAGCCUUAAAACCAUUGGAAGAAUUCAAACAUCUAGCUGUAUUGGAUCUAUUCAACAAUGAAGCAACACAAAUUGAAAAUUAUCGUGAGAAAAUCUUUGAAAUGUUGCCUUCACUGAAAUUUUUAGAUGGUUUCGAUUGCAAUGACGUUGAAGCUCCUUCGGAGGGUGAUGACGAUGAAGAAAAUGGAAACUAUUCUGAAGAAGAAGAUUCUGAAGCCGAAUCAUGUGAAAAUGAUGAAGAUGGUUCAGAUGGCAGUGAUAACAGUGUGAGUACAGGAGAUGUCUCGUUAUCAGAGGUCUACAAUGAUGAUCUCGAAGAAGAUGAGGGUGAAUGGGACGAAGAAAAUGCUGAAAAUGAUGAAGACGAUGAUGAUGAAGAUGAUUUCAGCGAUGAAGAUGAAGCUAACGAUUCAGCUGUUGUAAAUUCGGACAAAGCUGAAGAUAAUGCCGCCGGUGUCGAGGAAAGUCAGGCACGAGGCAAGAAAAGAAAGCAUGAAGGUUAAA